GACUUGCUGUUCAACGCUACCUUGGCGCCGAACGAUUAUGGAAACUUCAGCGGACAAGAUGAGCAAGAAGGAGGUACCGUAUUCAAAUGCAAUAUGAACAUUUUGAACGCCAAUUUUACCGAGUACGAUUAUGAAGGUCGGGUCGAGAUGUUCAUCCCCAUUACCUGGAGGGAAGUGCUGAAGAUCGUAGCUUACGUCAUCGUUUUCCUGGUGUCACUCACGGGCAACAUGCUAGUGAUAUUAGUGGUUUUCUGCAACUCCCACAUGAGAACCUCCACCAAUCAGUACCUAGUGAACCUGGCCUUUGCGGAUCUACUGGUGACCAUGGGUUCAAUGUGGGUUCACCUGAUGCGCCAUCUGUCCUUUCCGAAUUUCAGUCUUCCUAGCAUCACCUGCAAGCUCGAGGGAUUCAUUCAGGCCACCGCCCUUCUCGGCAGCGUGUUCACUCUCACCGUGAUCAGCGUCGGCAGGUUUGUCGCUGUCAUGUUCCCCUUCCUCGCCCGCACCUCCCCCGACCGCGCCCUCAAAGUCAUCGCGGGCGUGUGGAUUGUGUCCGCAUCGAUCGCUAGCCCGAUACUAGUCUACCGGAAUACAUACAACAUACAGUGGAAGAACUUUACCACUUGGCACUGUGACGAAUUCUGGCCCAACCACGGUGCCCCAGACGCGAGCGGGCAGUGUGUCAUCAAGUUCACCAGCAAGAUGAUCUAUUAUACAAUCCUUAACACGGCUUUCUUCUUCAUACCCAUCGCCAUAAUGCUCGUGAACUACAGAGUCAUGGAAAUCCACGUGCUGUCUCCACAGAACAUGAAUGUCGUUCUCGGAAUCUAG